AUGGUCAAUCUGGGCGUAUCGAGUUGCUUUAAGGUGACCACUCGGUUCUCACCUUUUCAGUUGGUUUAUGGGCAGGAAGCCUUAUUGCCGGUGGAGCUUGAAGUUCCAGCCUUGAGGACGGCUGUAGAGCAUGCUAUGGACUGGGACGGUGCCAUACAGCAGAGGCUGAACGAGCUAGAACGAUUGGAUGAGACGAGGCUGCUGGCAUUUCAAGCUAGAGAGGCAUUGCAGAAGCGGAGAAAGAAAUGGCAUGAUGAUCACAUUCGAGAGCGAAAGUUUGCAAUAGGGGAUUUGGUGCUGCUGUAUGACAGCAAGUUUUGGAAGCGGCCAGGAAAACUCAAGAUACGGUGGCUGGGCCCUUACGUGGUGGUGAAUGUCAACGACAAUGGCUCGGUGCAGGUGGCAGAUUUGAGUGGAAACCUGCUGCCAACGCGGAUCAAUGGUUUCCGAUUGAAGAAGUACCAUCCACGUUCAAAUGAUGAAACAGCCGGAGCUGAGCGAGAGUCCAAUGUGUUGGAGCCAUCCGAAUCAGAGUCGAGGAUGACCAGAGCUGAGGCCAGCUGA